UUGUCGCUGCGUCUCCGUUUCUCCGCAAUGAGCGCCGCCUGGUCCCGAUGGGCUGAUCCCGCUCACCUGCUCGUCUCCGUCCUCCUGCGUUACCUGGCAAUGUAAAAUCGUUGAUUUUGCGUGCUGUAGCAGUAUUAGAAAUUCCGUUUCUGCGGAUAGCUGCACCGGCACGUCACGUCUUUCGCGGAGGUCGCUAAACCCAUCCAGUGCAUGAACAGUGUCACGGGGGCCACCGUUUGUGUUUCUUUUCGAGGGCUGACAUUGCAUUUUCUGCGACUUUAUGCCAUCGAUGUCCGUGUCCGUCUGAAGCGGUGUCACGUUGCUGAAGGUCUGUCUGGGGCAGUCCGAUUAUCCAGUCCAAAAUGGCCAAAGUGAAGGUGAUCCUCAAAGUGGGACUCCUGAUAUCCCUGCUAUUAGUUGCUCUGUUCACCUUCCAAAGGCUUACCUUUGCGGAUUUAAACAUGUUUGUCAAGUCUAUGUCAUCACAGGAUCCUACUGCAAAACCCACCCAUUUGAAGUGUAGCCUGUCCAGGCCUUGUCCUGCAAAGCACUUUGCUUUUAAGAUGAACAGUGGAGCUGCCAGUAUAGUGGGGCCUAAAAUCUGCCUGGAGGACAACAUCCUCAUGAGUAGCGUGAAGAACAAUGUGGGACGGGGACUGAACAUUGCCUUAGUGAACGGAAGUACUGGAAUGCCCAUCAAGACGGUUUACUUCGAUAUGUGGGCGGGAGACAUCAAGCUCCUAAUAAAUUUCCUGAAGAGCAUUGAGCAAGGGACACUAGUCAUGAUGGCUACGUUUGAUGACUCUUCUACAAAACUCAAUGACGAAGCAAGGAAGCUGAUCGGUGAUUUGGGUAGUUCGAGUAUUACUGCUGUACAAUUCAGGGACAACUGGAUCUUUGUGGGAGGUAAAGGGAUCAAAAGGAAGAGUCCCUUUGAGCAGCACAUAAAGAACAAGGCAGAUACCAACAAGUAUGAGGGCUGGCCUGAAGUUCUGGAGAUGGAGGGUUGCAUCCCAAUGAAAGAAAGCUAGUCUACCUAGCCACCCUGUCCUGGGACGUGGAGGUGUUCAUCCUGACCUGGAUCGCUCGGAUGUGUGCAAGUGUCUUAGGUCUCCUAUAACUAAUGAUGGCCUCAGUUCUUGGGAUGAUCACCUUAGUACUGGGAGCCUCAGCACAUAGGGUGAGGGACUGUAGUGUGGCCAGUAGGCUGCACAGUUCACCUGUAAUCAGAACUUGCACAUACAGCAGCUGUUUAGAUCCAGGGUAGGGUUCACCAAGAGCCAGGAUCUCAGGUCCAGGAAUGUCAGGGGUGUGAUUUGCUCAUUUGGAUGCAUGUUGUCAGUCUAUGCUGACAGCGGAAAAAAACACAAAAUGAACAGCUGCUCUUUAAGACCCCAGUGACAGAGAUUCAAAUCGUUUAAUAUUGUGUAUUGUCUAGAUCAAUGCUUUUGACAAAUGUUUCAUAGUGCUAUUUUUUUUAUCUUUUUUUAAAAUGCAUGCAUAAAACUCCUUUCAUUCUAAAAAUGACAUUGCUGUAGCUAGUUUAUGGUUUGGUCGAUAGCACUGUUGCCUCACACCUCCAGGGUUAUGUGUUCGAAUCCUGACUCUGCUCUCUGUCUGAUUUUUGCAUGUUCUCCCCAUGUUGGAAUAGAAUAUCCUAAUUGUCAUUGCUCAUGUAAAACAAACAAAAUGAAAAAUCAUGCACAUCUAGUUGUACAGUAUGAAGCUAAGUGUUGAGUCAUUGUGCAGUAGUGCAGUCACAUCGUCUAGCAGCAGUAAAGAGUGUACUUUCUAUUAGAAAUCAUCAUGUGGAUAAGAAUUGGCAGCAGUCUGUAUGGGGGAGGGGGGGCAGGUUGGCAGGUGGCUGCGGCUCGUAGGGGUGUGGUGGGGUUACUUGAGUUUGUUGUUUGGUUAAGAUGAUCAAUGACUUUGGGUUAAAAGCUACUCUUCAGUGUGGAUGUGUGGGGGUAAAUAGUCCUGUAGUGCUAUCCAGAGGGCAGGUUGGUGAACUGAUGGCAGCAGGAGUUUGUUGGGUCACUGGUGAUAGUGGCUGCUUUCCUGAGGCAUCGAGUGCUGUAGGUGUCCUCCAGAGUAAGCAGCUGGGUCCUGGUGAUCCUUUGCACUGCCCUGAUAACCCUCUGCAGUGCCAGGAUAACCCUCUGCACUGCCGGGAUAACACUCUGCAGUGAGAUAACCCUCUGCAGUGCCAGGAUAACCCUCUGCAGUGCCGGGAUAACACUCUGCAGUGGGAUGACCCUCUGCACUAGUGAGAUAACCCUCUGCAGUGCCGGGAUAACUCUCUGUAGUAAGAUAAUCCUCUGCACUGCCGGGAUAACCCUCUGCAGAGAGAUAACCGUCUCAGUAUGCUGUCAAUGCUGCAACAGUGCAGUGAGUUUCCUUCCACAGUCAAAGGAAAAUCAACAUACCAUGCUCACAAUGGCAUGGGACACUGGCUUAAUAAUGUAAAAAUAUUACUAAUUUAUUGGUUCUAGAACAAAAAUCAUUACUUUAUUCAUGUGUUUAGAACAAAUACAAAUAUAUCGUAUUAGUUUUAAGUAAAACAUUCGUUUCAAGUGGUAAUAAGUUGAAACCCAGAUUAUAGUUGUAAAAGAGCUGCUCUUGGUUAGAAUGUUCAUUGACAAGCAGUCUCACUGUGUGCUUUUUAAUUAGUAACCAUUUCUUAAACAACAAACAUUUCUGUUUAGCGUCCCUUUGGAAGCAAAUGGCUACAGUUAGGAUUAACAGUAAAAUGGCAAGAAUAGAACUGAAUGACUCAGUUAAAAAAAUUAUGACAUUUUAAAAAGAAAAUGUCUGUGUGGAAGAUAUGUGUAGAUAUGUUAAACAUUGCUUGUCAAUGGACUUUUGUCAGGAAACCAAUACAUUUGCAACAUUUUUGCAGAAUUAAGCAAAUGUCCCAAGACUUUCCUUGAUCACUGUAUAUCCAGAAUAAGCAGGGUUUGUGAAUGGGUGGUUUAAAUUGUUACACCAUUUACAAAGUAUAAACGAUUGGGAAUGUGUAGAGUACGUAUAAACCAAAGUGGCACAGUGCUCCUGCACCGUAGUAAAACCUCAUUAAAUAACUAAAGCUCGUCACUUUGUCUGCAACUCAGAACAACUUUGUGUAGGAAAUGUUUGUGGUGAGAAGCCCCUGUGUUCUAAUGUUCAGCAUUAACACAACACACUGCAUUUCCCAAACGGGCCGGUUUAUACUGUAGCAUCCUAUCCUACAGCGUCAGAAGUCAAGUUUCCAAUACUACAGCGAGGGUUGUGGUGCUCUUUUCAGGCAGGUUUUUUUUUUCUUUUUCAGUUUUUUGGGAAUUUGUUCCUGGGGGGUGUGAUCGCACACUGUUGGGAUAUUCAGUGAACUGUAAUUAAAUACUUACAGAUUGAUUUUUAUUUGCUUUAUUUUUAUAUCAUGAAGGAAAUCUUAAGAUCCUUUAAUAAAACUAAUGCCUGGUGAUUGGUUAUGAUGGUCUUCCUGGUCAUGACCUCUUGUGACAUUUUAUUUAAUUUUUUUUUGGGGGGGGGGUUGAGUUUAUUCUCCAUAAAAUGAGCCUGUGCCUUAGUGUAGAGCAGUGCUCGUAGUGGAUCCCAUACCCCCACGGCUUCAUUACGGUUCUUUUCUCCAUGUUUCCCCCUUCCUACUACACUGCACACUCAGGUUCUCCUUUGUCAAUGUCUUAGAACUUUCCAGGUGCAAGAAAUGUUUGGUUCUUUUCCUAUGUUCUAGCUUUUUCCAUGUGAUGCGUGGGCUUUGAUGGAACUGUUACAAAUAAUCUAUGGCGUAUAAUAUUUGCAAGGUCUACAUUUUCAUUAAUUUUCAUUUCUUACAAUAUGUUAAUGCCAUCCGUCGUCUAGACACCUACCCUAGGAAUAUGGCAGAGGAGAGGAAGAUUGUCUAAAGAUAAACUGGAAAUAUAAUGUCUGGCCUGAAUUAAUGUGCUGGUUUCACUUCUUUCUUCCAAAUACAGUUUAUCGAGAGGCA